GCUUUGUAGACUACGUUUUUGUUUAAAGUCAUUGAAUAAAAUAUUUAUUAUCAAUUUCAAACAAUAUUCUCUAGCAAAAGAAUGAAUGAUUUUGAAGAAAAUGUCGAUGAGUGUUUGGAGGAUGAACCUCAAUUAGAACCGGAACGUGUUGGGGAAUACUUAGGAGAACGUAAUGCUCUAGGUGAGCGUCAUGGAAAGGGUUGGGCUAUUCUUCCAAAUGGAGAUCAAUAUGAUGGAUCAUACCGAAAAGGUAUUAGAAACGGACAUGGUUUGUAUGUGUUCAAAAAUGGAGCACGAUAUCUUGGUAACUAUCGAUGUGGAAUAAGGCACGGUUUUGGAAAAUUCAUUUACCCGGAUGGUACUUUCUACGAAGGUAAUUGGAAUAAAAAUCAAAAACACGGACAAGGAACCUACACUUAUGCCAAUGGAGAUACAUAUUCUGGAGCUUGGUAUAAAGGCAAACGUCAUGGAGUUGGAAUAUACAAAUGGAAGGAUUUGGGUGUUUAUUUUGAAGGCACAUGGAAAGGUGGUAUACGUGUUGGUCCGUGUGUUGUUCAAUAUCCAAAAUUCAUGUUCCAUGGCUGGUGGGAUUAUAAAUAUCCUCAAGGACCUGGAGUUUUUAGUUUUGAUGAUAAGCAUAUGCUUCAUGGGUACUAUAAAUCUGAGUCUUUGUUUAAAUCUAAAGAGGUAACAACUUGUGAGAAAAAGCUUGAUAAUAAUCUUCAAGAAAUCUAUAAUGAAGAGAAUGAUGAUGAAGAAGAAAAAGUCAUAGAUGGCGAAGGAGAAGAAAUUUCCCAAGUUGAUCUAGAUGUUAAACCAACUAUAUGGGUCUCUCAAAAUAUGACAGCAUUUGAUUAUUCUCUCUUACCACAACAUCCAGUGCCUUUACCAAUUGAUGAUUCAGAAGUAUCAAUUUGUGAUUUAGAUUCAGUGAAAAUGUCUUCUUCAGAUUUGGAAGGAAACAGUUUGGAGCCAUCGAUAAUAGCAAAGCAGGAGGAAGAAGGAAGUGCCGAGGUUGUUCUCGAAGAAGGAGAAUCUCAAAGUGAGACCGAAUGCGAUUUUGACAAUACUUUAACAAAUAUUUAGAAGAUGGGUUUGAAGUUGAAGUUAAUAAAAAUUUUUGCAAUAUGGCUACAUACUUUGA